UCUCCGAGGGAACGGAAUAAUUUAUUCACCAACCUGCGUGUGAGAGACGGAGGCGACCAGGAGCUGGCUUGGAAGACGUGGGCGAGUCAGUUUGCGGAACAGCGGAGCCCUUCGCUGCCCUCGGGUCUUUUCCGCGGACGACACACGCCAUCUUUUAUACCAACGCGUUUUGGUGUUUAGCAAGCCCCCCCACCCCCCUCCCCGUGUUGAUGCGUACGGAGAUUUCGGUGUUAGCCACGCUAGCGUUAGCACUAGCCGAGCCUGCGAGUCGGUGACAGUCGGGGUGGAGGCGGGGAGAGCCGUAUGAGAUCUGGAAAGGCUCCCAUGUCUGCAUCAGCGGUGGACAAAAAUAAAAAUGUCUGUCGACGAGGAGGCCGUUAAAACUGCCAAUUCAACUUUAUCUCUUCAAAUCUUAGAAUGUACUGGAGCGUAUAAUAAUAUUUCCAUAAUGGCAGAGGUGCCUGUGGCCACCCCUGACAACUCAGAAAACACCGCCACCUGCCCUGUUCCACACGGCGUGGACCUACCAAAUCACGAAAGCUCUGCCGACACAUGUGCCCUCUCAGAGAGUGUCGGGGAGAAAGCGAGUGAGAACGAGAAUCACAUAAACCGCAGGAGCAGCUUGCAUCAUUCCAAACAGCAGCAACAACAGAGGCUAACAAAGCGGCGCAACACAUCGAAUUCUAGUUUCAAGCAUCCAACAUCUGGCAAGAGAAGACGAAGGGCCAACUCUGAGAGUGACUCAGUCCUACCCACAAAUUUCCUUCUGGGGGGUAAUAUUUUUGACCCGCUGAAUCUCAACAGUCUGCUGGAUGAGGAGGUCAACCGGACACUGAAUGCAGAGACUCCUAAAUCCUCUCCGCUGCCAGCCAAGAGUCGAGACCCUGUGGAGAUCCUCAUCCCCAGGGACAUAACUGACCCGCUCAACCUCAACAGCGGGAUUACGGACAGCAGCUUCUUGACAUCCCCCUUCAAGAGCAGUGGCAGGAGGAGACAUCGCAGACACCAUGGAGGAGGAGGAGGAGGAAGUGGUGUUGGUGGUGGGAUUUCAGUCUCACAGGUUGAUCUUUCAGAUUCAAGAAAGAGGGAUGAGGUGAAAACCAGUGCCACCACACUGCCUCCAGCUAUGUCAGUGUCUGUCUUGGUCUCAGAUGUCCCUGGGGAAUCCAGCACCUUCUCCGGGGUCCCGGUGAGGGACUCUGAGGACAGUAAGGAAUGUAACUUGGCCAGCUGCAAGGAGUUGUUGACAGCUGUUUUGUCUGGUCCCAACACCUUGACACGAAUUACAGAAGACUUCGCUUCUUCCACAACGGGGGGAUCAAACCAGCACUCGAGCAGACGCAAACGUCGACGCAACUCUGGGAAGAUGGAGCCCUCUGUGGCCCAGUCUACCCCAGCUGGGAAACCAGGGUCUGCAGACAGAGUUUCUGCCAUGGGGUCAUCGAGAAUCUCUCAGUGCUUCGGCACACCAAAGAGCGGUCCCAGAGUGUGGCAAGGAAGUCAACAGCAACAGCCCUGUAAGCGGCAACAGAGGAAAAAGUUCCAGUACGGGAAUUACAAUAAGUAUUACGGCUACCGCAACCCAGGUGCCGGUGAAGAUGCACGGGUUAGAUAUUUUCGUCCAGAAUGGUUUGAGGGAAAAGAUGUUCUAGAUUUGGGGUGUAACACAGGCUACCUGACUCUCUAUAUUGCCAAAGUGCUACGACCUGCCAGUAUUUUGGGCCUGGAUAUUGACAGUGAUCUGAUAUAUGCAGCUCGAAAGAAUAUCAGACAUUAUUUGUCUGAGCUGCAGACCCGUGAGGCUAGAUGGGCAAUGAAGGGGGAGAAGAGUUUCACACAGGGAGGGAGGAAUGGAGAGGCGAGCCAAACGGGAAGGAAAGGCGGACAAGACAAGCACAAUGAAGCUGAGAGCAGGUAUGAAAAUGGAAAACCAGUGGAAGGGGACAGUUGCCCUGCGGAGGCUGUAAAUGACAGCAUCCCGUGUCGCGUAGAUGAGGCAGGGGCUGUUGGGAAGGAAAUAAAGGUAGAGGAGAUAGAGAAGGAAGACUGUGAAAACCCCUCUGAUCACCCUGUGAGCUGCUCUUUCCCCGUGUCUUUUCGGAUCUCCAGGGGACCCAUAGCAGCACCGCCACUCCCAGACACCCCUGCUGCACGACGUGGGGAGUUUCCCUCAAAUGUGUCCUUCAUCAGGGCCAACUAUAUCCUCGAAAAUGAUAAUCUGCUGCUGACUCAGUACCCAGAGUAUGAUGUCGUCAUGUGCCUGAGUGUCACCAAAUGGGUUCACCUGAACUGGGGAGACUGUGGCAUCAAGCAGCUCUUUCAGAGAGUCUACCGACAUCUACGCCCUGGAGGCCUGUUUAUUCUUGAGCCACAGCCCUGGGAAUCCUAUUACAGAAGGAGGAAGCUAACCGACAACAUUUUGAAGAACUAUAAAGGCAUUCGCCUCAAACCUGACCAGUUUUCAGCAUAUCUUACAAAUGAGGUUGGCUUCUCGAGCUAUGAGCUCAUUGGGACGCCCAAGUGUUCAUUUAGAGGUUUCCAGAGGCCAUUGUACUUAUUUAACAAAUAAGACCACUCUGCCUUGAAGAUUGUUGAAUGUGAACCUUAACCACCAUUAAACGUAGAGGCAAGCUCCAUCUGCCCCAGACUGCAAGUGUUCAUCUGAAGUCUAAACAAAGGUCAGACCUUUUCAGAUGCUGAAGGGGAAAUUGUUCGAGGAGAAAGGGACCAAAAAGAAAAUUUAUUUCGUAAAGAUGACAACAACCUGUCAACAACAGACACCAGUCACAACCCACUGCCUGCGCCUGGCAGAAAAACAUCUCCAUGGAUUGUCACCUUGUGGUGGAGAAGCUUGCAUGGUCCUGAGAGCAAUGCUGGCAGAAAGAACCAUCAGAGGACAGAAGGAACAUUGUGAUGAAUCCUCAUUAAACCACCCAGAGCCAUUUAUAGUAUGAGUUUUGCCAAAUUAUACCAUAGGUGCUCGUACUGUCAUUCCCUUGGACUAUUCUCAUGUCAAUGACGCCACACAUACACACACGCCCCCUUUUUUUUACCGUAUAGCUAUAUCUAUAUAGCUAUAUUAUGUGCCACCACACCACCACAUGUUAGAUCUUUUUUAGUCAUUUUUGUAAAAUAGACUUAAUGGGCAUAAUAUUGCUGAAAUGGUCUUAAAUCACCUUGGUGCCAUCAAAAUUUAUAAAUUUGCUCUUUUCAGAACUUUGUGCAUUGUGCCUACAGUAGAUUGCACCGCCGUAAGGGCCCUACAUAGUGAAAACAAGCAUACCAUCACUACUAACUAUCUAACUCGGGGGCAGAAAAUGUCAUUAUGCCCACUAGAAGUAUGCAUGUGAAACAGCCUGUAACUGUAAACAUGUUCUUAAUGCACAGAGGUGUGGCAGGCUUGUUUCCAAAACAAUUUAUAUUUUAUGAUUAGAGCCAGAGGUAAGUGAUGGGCAUUACCAUUAUGAAAGAUCAAAUUCUCAGUUACUGCUUGCAAGUGUCUGAAAAGAUGGUAAAACAAUAUAUUUGAUAGCUAGAAUUUUUUAAUCCAGAAUGUGCUAAUUCACUUCACGGGUUCUUCUAAGACUUUUGUAGCUUCAUUUAAAGAAAUAACCUUAGGCGUCCGGGUGGUGUGGCAGUCUAUUCCAUUGCCUAUCAACACGGGGAUCGCCAGUUCGAAUCCCUGUGUUAGCUCCAGCUUGGUCAGGUGUCCCUACAGACACAACUGGCCGUGUCUGUGGGUGGAAAGCCGGAUGUGGGUAUGUGUCCUGGUUGCUGCAGUAGCAUCUCCUCUGGUUGGUCGGGGCGCCUGUGCAGGGGGGAGGAGGAACUGGGGGGGAAUAGCGUGAUCCUCCCACACGCUAUGUCCCCCUAGCGAAACUCCUCACUGUCAGGUGAAAAGAAGAGCGGCUGGCGACUCCACGUGUAUCGAGGUAUGUGGUAGUCAACAGCCCUCCCUGGAUCGACAGAGAGGGUGGAGCAGUGACCAGGACAGCUCGGAAGAGUGGGGUAAUUGGCUGGAUACAGUUGGGGAGAAAAGGGGGGGGAUAACCUUGUGUAUCCUCAUUAUGACAAGAUGUACACUUGAGCUGUAAUACUAAUUGAUUGAUGGUUCAGUUAAUGCAGCAAUAAUAUGACCCUUUGGACUAUUUUGCAACAUGUGUCUAAAAUGUGUGGUAAGUUUAUUUCAAACUGCAGUGAUCCUUUGUUUUUCGUACUUUUUAUGUACUUUAAACUGGUUUAAAGUUGGUCGAGCAUCUUCAAGGCCAGUAUUUCCCAGUCCAGUACUCGAGUAACUCCUGUCUUAGGAAUUGUCUUCGUAACCCUACAUAGGUGGGCCCGCUUGUAUUUACUCAACCGAUUAGCACUUAAUCAUGUAAGAUUUGGCCCAUCUGGUAUGAUUGCUAUAAUGAUAUAAGUGCUAUAAUUAUUUAUUUUGGGGGGGGGGGAUUUUUUUCCCCCCUUUUUCUCCCCAAUUGUAUCUGGCCAAUUACCCCACUUUUUAAAGCCGUCUCGGUCACUGCU